CAGGCUAGCAGAAAAGGAGGGAGACCCUGCGAAUGCAGUGGGAUUUAUUGAGUGACGGCCCCCACACGCCUAACUAAACUCAUACCUGUAGUAAUUAACAGGCCCCUACUGUCAGUACUUGUACUAGGCACCGCCGUCCAGUGGCAGCACCAGUCUACCAGAGUCCAGACAGAGGGCCCUGUCCAUCCACAAGCGUGCGAGGGCCGUCGGAUCACGAAAAAACUGACAAUUCAAAGAGGACCCUGCCCCCGUGAGAGCGACUGACUCCUGACUCCUGAGGAAUGGGAUCGUCCUGAUGGCGCACACCACAUUGAGGCGCGGCGCGUGCCAAGGCGAGACUGAUACCUGCAUCCGCGCCCAAUCCCCAGUGGCGAGCCAAGUACCCGACACUAGCUGGCUGGCCGCUUGCACCCAUCCAUAUCCAUCCAUCCAUCCAUCCACGUCGUCGUUCAUUUCCCUUGCCUACCUACCGUAUUGUAAUCAAGUAUGGCAAUCCGUCCCUCUUUAUGCUGUUUUGGUAUUUUGGCCCAGAUCGAUCCGUCCCCAUCGACCCUGUUCGUCGUUGCCUGACAGGCUGGACUUGACCGACGCUCCCCACCCGGUCAGCUCGGGUCAUCGAGUCAGCGCACUUGUCGCACGUGCGUGUCGCCGUCUCCAAAUUCAGUGUCGGCUGUGCACGCGAUGCAGUCGACUUUCGUACAAGAAUAAUAGCAACUGGUUGGUAAUUACUGAUUGUCCUUGUACGUGCUGUACAGCAUGGCCAAGGCAGCACGCGGGUAUCAUCACGUUGCAUCAGGAUCAGCUUGAAAUUAAAGCAACAGAAACGAGGCGCAAACCAGAGGCCAGCAGAGUCGCAGGGCGCAUGUUCGCUCAUUUCUGCCAUGCAGCAGCAGCAGGCUCAUCCCUUGCCUCACCAUCAUCAAACUUGUGGUCCUGGCAGACUAAUAACUUAGACGGACGGGGAAAAGCAACCCGAAGCAUGGCGCCUCGCUAAGUUAGAUCCGGCAACUGACACCAGACUAACUCGAUUAGUGCAGCGCGUAGCAUCGUACCUUUUCCGUAAGGGAGGGCUCGCCAGAAUCUUCCA